UUGUGCGGAAGGGAGAUCGCCGUGACAACGGAUGCCGAGGAUCACGCCCCGGCAGAGCUGACCGGGGCCGAACUGGUUGUCCGCACUCUGGUCGAUCUCGGCGUAGAUGUCGUGUUCGGCUAUCCCGGCGGCGCGGUCCUGCCGAUCUACGACGCCAUCUUCAAGCAGAACGAGCUGCGCCACAUCCUGGUGCGGCACGAGCAGGGCGCCGUCCACGCCGCCGAGGGUUAUGCGCGCUCCACCGGCAGGGUCGGCACGGUGCUGGUCACCUCCGGCCCCGGCGCCACCAACAGCGUCACCGGGCUCACCGAUGCGCUCAUGGACAGCAUCCCCGUCGUCUGCCUGACCGGGCAGGUGCCGACCCACAUGAUCGGCAACGACGCGUUUCAGGAAGCCGACACGGUGGGGAUCACCCGGCCCUGCACCAAGCACAACUAUUUGGUGAAGGACGCUAACGAUCUCUGCCGCGUGAUCCGCGAGGCCUACUACAUCGCGAGCGCCGGCCGGCCCGGCCCCGUGGUGGUCGACCUGCCGAAGGACGUGGUCAUGACCAAGGCGCCCUACGUCGAAGCGGAGGCGGCGGGCAACGGCAGGAAUCAUCGCUCAUACCGACCACGGCGGAUACCCGAUGCCGAUGCGGUCAAGCGCACGGUCGAGCUGAUGGCGCGCGCCAAGCGCCCCCUCUUCUACGCCGGCGGCGGAGUCAUCAACGCAGGCCCCGGCGCGGCGCAGAGCCUGGCAGCACUGGUGCGGCGCACCGGGUACCCGAUCACCAACACGCUGAUGGGGCUCGGGUGCUAUCCGGGGACAGACCCGCUCUUCCUCGGCAUGCUGGGGAUGCACGGCACCUACGAGGCCAACAUGGCGAUGGCCGAGUGCGAUCUGAUGAUCGCGGUCGGCGCCCGCUUCGACGAUCGCGUCACCGGCCGGCUCGCCGAUUUCUCACGCGGCUCGACCAAGGUCCAGAUCGACAUCGAUCCGUCCUCCAUCAACAAGAAUGUGCCGGUCGACGUCGCCAUCAUCGGCGAUGCGGGCCUCGCGCUCGACGCCAUCAUGGCCGAGUGGGAGGCGAGCGGCGCCGAGCCCAACGCCGAGGCGCAGGCGGCAUGGUGGCGGCAGCUCGAAGCGUGGCGCGGGCGCGACUGCCUGCGCUACAAGAACUCCGGCACCGCCAUCAAACCGCAAUAUCGCCCUCCAGCGGCUCUAUGA